UCAGCGGCUGGCAGAGAGAGCGCGACGCGGGGAGUCGGCGCCUAGGCGACGCGGGAAGGCGCCACCACCGCCGCCGCUGGCCAAGGUGCUGGACACCGCAGGCCCAUCCGUCGCUUCGCCGGAUCAAGCCGCCUCUACUGCAGCCGCUGCUGCCUCGCUUCCAGCCAGGUCCCCAUGGAAGAGAUGGAAGAAGAGUUAAAAUGUCCUGUGUGCGGCUCCUUCUAUCGGGAGCCCAUCAUUCUGCCCUGCUCUCACAAUUUAUGUCAGGCGUGCGCCCGCAACAUCCUGGUGCAGACCCCGGAGUCCGAGUCCCCCCAGAGCCGCCGGGCCUCGGGCUCUGGGGUCUCCGACUAUGACUAUCUGGACCUGGACAAGAUGAGCCUGUACAGCGAGGCGGACAGCGGCUAUGGCUCCUACGGAGGUUUCGCCAGCGCCCCCACUACCCCGUGCCAGAAGUCGCCCAACGGCGUCCGUGUUUUCCCCCCUGCUAUGCCGCCACCGCCCACCCACCUGUCACCGGCUUUGGCCCCGGUGCCCCGCAACUCCUGCAUCACCUGUCCCCAGUGCCACCGCAGCCUCAUCUUGGAUGACCGGGGCCUUCGCGGCUUCCCCAAGAACCGCGUCCUGGAAGGGGUCAUCGACCGCUACCAACAGAGCAAAGCCGCGGCCCUCAAGUGCCAGCUCUGCGAGAAAGCGCCCAAAGAGGCCACGGUCAUGUGCGAACAGUGCGACGUCUUCUACUGCGACCCUUGUCGCCUGCGCUGCCACCCCCCGCGGGGGCCCCUAGCCAAACACCGCUUGGUGCCCCCGGCCCAGGGUCGCGUAAGCCGGCGGCUGAGCCCGCGCAAGGUCUCCACCUGCACAGACCACGAGCUGGAGAACCACAGCAUGUACUGCGUGCAGUGCAAGAUGCCGGUGUGCUACCAGUGCCUGGAGGAGGGCAAACACUCCAGCCACGAAGUCAAGGCUUUGGGGGCCAUGUGGAAACUGCACAAGAGCCAGCUCUCCCAGGCGCUGAACGGAUUGUCAGACAGGGCCAAAGAAGCCAAGGAGUUCCUGGUGCAACUCCGCAGCAUGGUGCAACAGAUCCAGGAAAACAGUGUGGAGUUUGAGGCCUGCCUGGUGGCCCAGUGUGAUGCUCUCAUUGACGCCCUAAAUCGAAGGAAGGCGCAGCUGUUGGCCCGGGUCAACAAGGAACAUGAGCACAAGCUGAAGGUGGUUCGGGACCAGAUCUCUCAUUGCACAGUGAAACUACGCCAGACCACGGGCCUCAUGGAGUACUGCUUGGAAGUGAUUAAGGAGAACGAUCCUAGUGGCUUUCUGCAGAUUUCAGAUGCCCUCAUAAGGCGUGUCCACUUAACUGAGGACCAGUGGGGCAAAGGCACACUCACUCCCAGGAUGACCACGGACUUUGACUUGAGCCUGGACAACAGCCCCCUGCUGCAGUCCAUUCACCAGCUGGACUUCGUGCAAGUGAAAGCUUCCUCUCCAGUCCCAGCAACCCCCAUCCUGCAGCUGGAGGAGUGUUGCACCCACAACAAUAGUGCUACACUGUCCUGGAAACAGCCCCCUCUGUCCACUGUGGCUGCCGAAGGAUACAUUCUGGAGCUGGAUGAUGGAAGCGGUGGUCAGUUCCGGGAAGUGUAUGUUGGGAAAGAAACAAUGUGCACUGUGGACGGCCUUCACUUCAACAGCACAUACAAUGCUCGAGUCAAGGCCUUCAACAAAACAGGAGUCAGCCCCUACAGCAAGACACUGGUCCUCCAGACGUCUGAGGCUGCGGAGGCACAUGAGACUAAACCUAUGAAGGACACAGAUUCAGAGGAGCAGACCCUCCCUUUUCCAGUGCCUUCGGAAAGAUUGCCGCUCCGUAGAAUGAGUCCUUUCUCCUCCACCCUUAAUCUGCAACCCAGCUUCCCCGGGAGAUCCUACUUUGAUUUCCGUUCCUCACCCCACCAGCUGAGCUUGCAUUCUUCUUUACAGUCUCUCAAUGCACCGGGAUGCAAUUUUGAGACACAAUCUGCAUCUUACUCUCAAUUAGUUGACAUAAAAAAGCUGUUGGCAGUGGCGUGGUUUGCUUUUGACCCUGGCUCGGCACACUCGGACAUCAUCUUCUCCAAUGACAACCUGACGGUGACCUGCAGUAGCUACGAUGACCGGGUGGUGCUGGGGAAAACUGGCUUCUCCAAGGGCGUCCACUACUGGGAGCUAACCAUAGAUCGCUACGACAACCACCCGGAUCCAGCCUUUGGCGUGGCUCGCAUCGACGUCAUGAAGGACGUGAUGUUAGGAAAGGACGACAAAGCUUGGGCAAUGUAUGUGGACAAUAACCGGAGCUGGUUCAUGCACAACAACUCGCACACCAACAGAACCGAAGGGGGGAUCACAAAGGGGGCCACCAUCGGAGUCCUCCUCGACUUAAACAGGAAAACGUUAACGUUUUUCAUCAACAAUGAGCAGCAAGGUCCCAUCGCAUUUGAGAACGUGGAGGGCCUGUUCUUUCCUGCAGUCAGCCUGAACAGAAAUGUGCAGCUUACAGUCUCAUUCCCCAGGUCACGCUCCACACUGGGCUUCCGGUCCCUGACUUCUACUCCAGCAGAGCUUCCAUAGCCUAAGGGUAUGCUGCGGAGGCACUAGCUGUCCGAGAGGGACAGCGUGGAGCCACCAGCCUCGGCAGACGCACAGUUGGUAGAAGACUGAGGAGAGGAGCUGGUCCUCCGCCAUCUUCGCCCUACAGCGCCUCCCUUUCCCAUCAGCCUGUCCGCAUCACUUCACCUGCGCUCCUUCCUCAUCCAGACGUCCUAACCCACAGAGGACCUCAGCUGCCCACCAUUCCCCUUUGUUUCACAUGUUGCUUUUCUUUAAUUUAAUUUAGGGUUUUGGUUUUGUUUUGUUUGUAGACUGAGUUCAUUUUGUUUUGUUUUGUUUCUGAUCAUGUUUUGCUGACUUACCUAACUGGCACUGCCAAGAGAAAAUUCUCCUAGAAAAAAAUUUUAAGCUUUAGGUCUCACAAAGAUGUUGUAGGAGAGAAGAUAGGAAAGAGGUCGAAUUUAGAAUGUUCUUGCCCUGUUUCUUGUCAGGCAACGUCAGCUCUUCAUGGCUCCUUCUCGGGAGGUAGACAGAAGUCACACUCUACCCAGAAGCACAAAUAUAUCAGCUAAACGAGUUCACAGCAGGGUGAGGACUUUCAGGAGGCUCUAGACAUUGGGCAGGCCAGGGGACUCGAUGAUCUGAUUCAUCUUAGCUAAUACAAGAUUUUAAUUAAGAAGGCUAUGGACAAGGCACUGUUCGAGACACUAGAAUUCUGUGUUCCAGACACUGGGGAAGGAUAAGGGAAAAGGUGACAACGCCACCUUCCUGGAACUUAUAUUCUAGAGGGGAACUUAGCAAACAAUAACUUCAAGUUGUUCUAAGUACAAAAAGGAAACAGUCAAGAGUCCAAGAAGGUGUCAUUGACAAAUCCUUAGCUUGAUGCUGAGCCCAUGCACUCCAGGCUAUCACACAGACAUGUACCAACCCAAUGCUUCUUCUACCACACUCUUUUAAGUAUGGUCCUUGCUGCCACUCAUCACAGAGCCCUUCUUUGGCAGAAAUGAUAUCAGCAUUGUUACUCAUUAAUGCUGCAGUCAUAACAAGCCUUAAAAAAAGAAUGUUAAAAACAAAAUGACCAGAGAGCACAGGGCCCAGUCACGGCACUGGGGCUCCUAAGUUGCAGACCACAACAUGUACAUUCUCAGGACAAACACACUGUCUCGAUGUAUACUCUCUGUGCCUGUCACAAAUGAGAAUCCAUCCACUCACAGCCUGACUUUCUAAGGAAACUCAAAUCAGGUUUGGAAAAGCGUGAGCGUGGCUGUCGUUCCUGGGACUGAGUGCAGAAUAGUCAUGCUACUAUCCAUGUUACUGCUCCUAGCAGGGUAGACAUGUACCCUUCAGAUGCUUUCGUUUGACACGAAGUUACAGAGAACAUAGGACCUGGAAAACAAAUGUCUGAGGAGUUGCCUACAUAUUUUCCACUGAGCCAAGAAACCCACUAGAACAAGGGUAGGACGACAGAGGAGGGAUGGGAGAGCUGACAUUGCUUUGGCAAAAAGUAAUCUAUGUAAAUAGCUCAUUCUUUACUCUUGUGCUUCUAGACCAUCUGUCGUUACAAUGUUUUUCUAGUUAGAACCUAAUUUAUUGAAUGGGUGCUAUCCUGUCUGUGUCUGUCUCGGGUUCUCGUGGCUCCAGGACACUGUUGCAGGACAACACUAGUUUGAUCUUUGAUUUAUGCUCUAAUGAGACUCGAUGGCUGGGCCGCUAGUUACUAUCUUUAUUAAAUCCACCCCGCUGGUUAGAGUUCUAGUGACUUGUAACAAAUAGUUUACACUAACUACAAUAUAGAUGCAUACAGCUACUGUACUAGAAAAAUAAAAAUAAAAAAACUGUCGUUCCUGGUAUGCAAAUAAAGGGUUUUUAUGAGAGAAAA